AUGGAGAAUGGAGCAAAAUCAUGGGCUUUCAGAGGGACUCAAAAGCUUAGUGCAAAACAGUCUAAAGACUCUAAACUGAUGGUAACAAUCCGAGAAGCUCUGGACAAGUUAAUGGGAAACCUGAAUGAAGAUGAUGACAGGUCCGUCAUCCCUCUUGGCCAUGGCGACCCUUCAGCUUUUCCGUGCUUUCGGACCACUCCUGUAGCCGAAGAUGCCAUUGUUGAUGCGGUCCGAUCAUCAAAGUUCAACUGUUAUUCUCCGGCCGCUGGUAUUCCUCCCGCAAGGAGGGCUAUUGCAGAAUAUCUCUCACGUGAUCUUCCUUAUAAAUUGUCACCAGAUGAUGUUUCUGUCACAUUAGGUUGCACACAAGCAAUUGAGAUCAUCAUAACAGCCCUUGCUUGUCCGGGUGCUAACAUUCUGGUUCCUAGGCCAGGUUACCCACUGUAUGAAGCUCGUGCAGCUUUUAGCAACCUAGAAGUUCGUCAUUUUGAUCUUAUACCAGAGAAGGGAUGGGAGGUUGAUCUUGAUUCUGUUGAAGCUCUGACAGAUGACAACACUGUUGCUAUGGUUAUCAUUAGCCCUGGCAAUCCUUGCGGAAAUGUCUUCACAUACCAGCAUUUGAAAAAGAUUGCAGAGACAGCACGAAAGCUUGGAAUAAUUGUGAUUGCUGAUGAAGUUUAUUCCCAUCUAGUGUUUGGGAAUAAACAAUUUGUACCUAUGGGAGAGUUUGGAUCAAUUGUGCCUGUACUAACAGUGGGGUCCAUAUCAAAGAGAUGGAUUGUUCCAGGUUGGAGACUUGGUUGGAUUGCGACAAACGACCCCUGUGGCCUCUUGAAACAAACUGGGAUCUUGGACAGCAUUAAGAAGUAUCUUAAUAUCUCCAGUGACCCUGCAACCUUCAUUCAGGGAGCAAUUCCUAAAAUUCUUGAAAACACAACAGAAGAGUUCUUCUCCAAUAUCAUAAACACCAUGAAAGAAGAUGCAGACAUUUGUUACAGUAAAAUAAAGGAGAUCCCUGGCAUUGCUUGUCCACAAAAACCUGAAGGAGCCAUGUCUGCAAUGGUGAAGCUAAACCUGUCACUACUCGAAGGCAUUAACGAUGAUAUGGACUUUUGUGCCAAGCUGGCCAAAGAGGAAUCUGUUAUUGUUCUACCAGGGAGUGCUGUGGGAAUGAAGAAUUGGAUACGCAUAACUUUUGCGAUUGAACCCGUUUUUCUUGCAGAAGGCCUUGACAGGAUAAAGAGCUUCUAUGAAAGACAUGCCAAGAAGCUGUAA